ACAUACAUAUAAACACCAUACCAACGAAAGCAUACUCAGUGAAAUAGAUGAAAGCAAAGGGACAUUCAAAACCAUCAAAACAAGACGAUGGAACAUGAUCGUUCACAUAUUGAGACACGAAAAUGAACUAAUUUAUAGAAUAAUAGAAAAGAAAAUUGAAGGAAAGAGAAAUCUAGGACGUCCAAGAACUUUAUUUGUCAAACAAAUGAUUCCCGAAUCUAGACUAUCGAGGUAACCAGGUGGCAUUGCAUGGCCGUAUUCAGGGGGAGGGUUUUCCGGGUUCAAACCCCCCCCAAAAUUUGUUCAACAUUUUUUUUUUGCCUAUUCACUUGAUGUUUUUUUUCUGUAUUCAAUUGAAAUUCAAUAGAAAAGUGUUUCUUAAUCAAUCGUCUAAGUCGCACAUAAGGUAAAUUAUUAUCCCAGACGUAUUAUUAUUGUGUAAAUAAAAUAGAAUUGUCUACGAGAAUGUCUACGCACAAAAAUUGAAUCUAAAACAGUGCACUGCUUUACGACGGGUAAAACUAUGUAUACAAUGAGAUAAGAUCACGACUGACGUUAUCGUUGUCGCCUGCCCAUAGCUUUGGCUGUUCAUAUGGACGCACCAGAGUAUUUACGUAGUUAUUUUUAGUAUUCUUCAAAUUUUGAUAGUGUACAUACCUUAUUAGAAUAAUCGUCGAUGUUUAAUUUCAACUCGAAUAGAACUAAUUCGGAUAACCGAUUACCGAAUCAUUUUUCUUUUGGAUUCUCGUCAUACAACACACCAUGGCGAUGCGCCGUAAACAUUGCUGUUAAACGUUUCUAUUGAUCUGAAUUCCAAUUAAUACACAAAAAUUAAAUACCGAAAAUGAAACGAGUUCAAAGACAAUUGGACAUCACUGCAUUUACACAAAUAAAAAAAGAUAAGACAAACAAUCCAAAUUCUGAAUUUCAACCAGUUGAACCUACUAAUAUUAAUUAUUCGAAUAAAGAUGUUUCUAUUGAACAAGCUUACUUAGAAGAACUUCCCUCAGUUAGCAAAAAUAGUACUGAUAUUCACAACCUUACUUCAAUGCAUAGCAAUUAUACUCCUUCUGUUUCUACCAUGUCCAAUAAUUUUACUAAAACACCCAUAGUUGGAGUAAAUGAUAUUGGUAAUUAUGUCCAUAAUUUAGAAAUUAACGAUUUAAAAAAAGAGGAACUCUUAAAAACUCCGUGGGUUCCUUCUUCAACAUAUAUUUUCCCUGUAAAAACCAAAAGAAAUUUACGAUUUCAAUUAUCUUGGAUAAAACGAUUUCCAUGGCUUAGUUAUUCACAAUUAUUUGAAGGAGCAUUUUGUAGACUAUGUGUUUUGUUUGCUCGAGAAAAAGGAGGUAAUGGUAGUCAUCAAAAAUUAGGUGCACUUGUUUCUAAAGAGUAUACUAAUUGGAAAAAUGCUUUGCAAGACUUUCAAUUACAUGCUACCACAUCUUAUCACAAAUUGUGUGUCGAGAAAUCUGAUAGUUUUUUAAAAGUGAAUGAAGGAAUAUCUAAAAAUAUAACUGAACAACUCAGUAUUGAACGUUCUAGACAGAUUGAACAAAAUAGAAAAAUUUUACUUUCUAUUAUAAAAACCAUAAUUCUUUGUAGUAGGCAAGAAAUUGCUUUUCGUGGAUCAAACGAUUAUGGAAAUGUAAUGAACAUAAAUGAUUUUAAUGACGGAAAUUUUAGAGCUCUUUUACGGUUUCGUGUAGAUUCAGGUGACACUACGCUAGGAGAACAUUUGAAAAAUGGUCCAAGAAAUUCUUUAUAUACUAGUCCUGGUAUUCAAAAUGACAUAAUUUCUAUUUGUGGUGAAAUAAUCAAGUCAAAAAUUGUCCAAAGAGUAAAUGCUGCCGAGUGCUUUUCUGUGUUAGCGGACGAAACUACAGAUAUUGGAAGAAUUGAACAAAUGUCUGUAUGUUUGCGUUAUUAUGACCAAAAAGAUAAAAAAAUCCGAGAAGAUUUUUUAGAAUUUACACCGGCUGUUGAUCUUAGUGGAAAAGGACUAGCAACUUUGAUAAUGGGGUGUUUACAGAAGAACAGUAUACAUUGUCAAUUUUUAGUUGGACAAGGUUACGAUGGAGCCUCUGCCAUGAGUGGAUAUUUACAUGGUGCUCAAGAAUACAUAAAAAAAGAUUUUCCCAUGGCACUUUAUGUACAUUGCAGUGCUCACUCGCUCAAUCUAGCGUUGGCCAACGCCUGUUCAUUGCCCUCAAUAAGAAACUGUAUUAGCACCAUUCAAACUGUUGGAACAUUUUUUCGCUCAUCGGCUCAAAGAAGUGAAUUAUUGAGAACAACUAUUAUCGAAACUCUUUCAGAGACAAGGCAUACCACAUUAGUUGCAUUAUGUGAAACUCGUUGGGUUUAUAAGCAUGAAAGUGUCAUGCGGUUCAAAGAACUAUAUCCCGCUAUUAUUGUUGCAUUGGAAAAAUUGGAGUCAUCAAUAAAUAAAGAAACUGCUCAAAAGUCUUGUCAGUUAUUAAGUACAAUUAAAGACGCUAAAUUUGUUAUACCUCUCGUAAUAAUUGAAAAUAUUUUUUCGUAUACAUUGACAUUGUGUAAACAGCUACAGACAAUUAAUGCUGAUUUAGUCGAAGCAUGCAAUCAUGUUGAUGAUGUGUUAGCCGUAUUAGACGAAAUGAGAGAAAAUAACAAACAACAUUUUUCAGACCUGUUUUCUGUUGUUGCCAUCAUGUUGAAUAAAAAUAAAGAAGACAUUGUUUUGCCUCGUAUCGCUAAUAAACAAACACACCGUAGUAAUGUGCCCUCUCAUAGCUCUGAAGAGUAUUACAAUUUUAAUAUUUUUUUGCCAUUUCUCGACUAUAUCAGAUCACAGCUUUGUGAUAGAUUUCAGAAACACAAAUCUUUAAUAAGUUCAUUACAACAAAUCAUUCCAAGUAAAUGUAUAAUCGCUACCAAUGAAGAAAUAAACGACUGUGUAAACUUUUAUUCUCAGAUAUUGAUUGAGCCUAAUGCUUUCAAAGCUGAAUUUGCAAUAUGGAAGACAAAGUGGCUAAAAGAAGGAUCUCGCCCAAAAACAGCAAUUGCAGGACUUGACAAUUGUAACCCUCUUUUAUUUCCUAACAUAAGGAAACUUCUACAAGUCUUAGUUACUAUGCCUAUGUCAACAGCGACACCAGAAAGAACAUUUUCAUCUUUAAAAAGAUUGAAAACGUAUCUCAGAAAUUCGACUAGUGAAACACGCCUCAAUGGAUUGGCUUUAAUGUCAGUUCACCGGGACAUCAAUGUUGAUCCAGAAGAGGUACUUACUCAGUUUUCAAAAUCAUCUAGAAAAAUAAUGUUACUUUAAAAUUAAUAAUCCUAU